AACAAACAUUUCUUUUCUGUAGUUUAUAAAUGUGUACCUACAACGGACACGGAAAAGUACAUUCAUUUUCGUUUGUUUUUUUAUCGUCAUCAAUGAUAAGAAUUUGUUCGACAUAUGUAUAUUGGGCAAGUUUUGUCUACACAUAGAGUUCUACAGAAACUAACAUAAAGAUAAGAUUAAACCAAAUAAAUAUGCGCGAAUAAAGAAAGCUUUUAUUUGUUAUUGUUGUUGUUGCUGUUAUUCAUAGUAUAAACAAAAAUGGUGAGAGUAAUAACGCACUACUGAAAGCUUUUAUUAUUAGUUAGUACACAUUGAAACUUUGUAACAAAACGUUAGCGGAAGAUAAAUGACUACUCCUCACUGGGCUAUUGUUUGAAAAUAGAGAGUUUAGUUUUAAAACGAAAUAAAUCAUCUAAUAAUAAAACUUGGUCAAAUCUAAAAUUCAAUAGUUAUAAUUACAAAAACACAAAAAAAAAUAAAGAAACCAUGACAGAUUUCAAUAGUAAUGAUGGUGAACAUGUAAUAGAACAAUUGAAACAAUCGGUAAAAUCGAUAAUUGAAAAAACCGGUUCACACAAAUUCACUCAUGAACUAAUCGACAAGAUCCAUAAAUUGCAACUACAAUUAGAGGAGUUAUCAAAUUCAGAUAAAGUACAAUUUAUACAUGAAAUGAAAGAUUCUUUUCGUGCCACCAUCGAUAAGAUUGAAACGAAACUAAUGCAACAUGCUCAAUUCGAAAGAGUUUAUAAUUAUUCAAUAUUUGCUGCCAUUAUAUUUUUAUUAUUAUUUAUAUUUGCUCUCUUCGGUUAUAAAUUGUACAAAUCUUUAAUGGAGAAGGAAUUGAAGAAACAAGAGAAACUUAAACAAAAACAAUCCAAGAAGAGUAAAAAAGCCAAUUAAUUAUUACACAAUUCCAAAUGCUAAAAGAGAUAGAUAGACAGACACUGAGACGACGAAGAGAGGCUUUGUUUUAUUUAAGCCAGAGUUUAAAGUUUAAGUUAAUAAUAACAAUAAUAAUAUUUAAUAAAUAAAAAAAAUGUAAUAACAAAUGUAAUUUAAUUACUUAAAAAUUAAA